CCUAAAUUAGUACAUGUGAGAGCAAGAUUGGCAAGUGAUUGGCAAAGUUUAUAAGGCAAAGUAACGUGGUGCUUUAACACAAGAAAGCCCUGUUAAUUACAUACGGUAUAUGGAAAAAUAGAUUAAAAGUGUAUGCUAGCCAGUAACCCAUUUUAUGAUCCUCUGUGAUAACAGGCUGCAACACUAAGUGUCAGCUAGGGAGUCAGAGAUCUGGGAUCAAUUUCUGGCUCAUCUACAGACUUCCUGAGUGACUAUGAGUACAUCACUUAAUCUCGACAUGCCUUGGUUCCCCAUCUGUAAAAUGAGACUAACAAUACUUCCUUUUUUCUAUCUGUUUAGUCUGAAAGCAUUUGUGGGGAGGGGGGCAGAGAAUGUCUUUUACCAUGAAUUUGCACAGUGCCUAGCACAAUGGGGCUCUGAUCUCAGCUGGGCCUUCCAGAGGCUACUAAAAUAAUAAUAAUAUAAUGUCUGAGAGUGAAUGUAUUGCUGUAUAGUCAAUAAAGCAUGUUGUAGUCUGGGAGGAGUCCGCAAAAGCAACAAAAAUUAGUUAAGCUGAGGCCUGCAGCCAAGGGGAUUUAAAUUGUGUUUGUCCUGAUAACUGCAAAUCACCAAAGUACCACUCCUACAGAUAUAACAAGUCACAGGUCCUGGACUACAGUAUGUCUAAAUCAGCCUUACUAUGUGAGGAGUAUUAGAAUCAUGGAUCUCCCUUUAUGAUGAGCUUACCUUAGACAGUUACCUGCCUUAGACAGGCUCACCAAAGUGUGAAGGAUCAGGGCCUUCUGUGUAACUGAAAUUCAACCAUUGAACAGCGUGCCUGUCUGGAAAGAAUAAUUCUGUAAAGGAAAAAGACUUAUGGAAAGUGAACUGAAGUAGAGAAAAUCCUUUAAAUACACAAAUACAUGAAUGAAUAAAUCACUUCAAAAUAAAUUUUAAUGUAAAAGAUAGAGCAUAGGUCACCCUAGUACCCAAUCAGCAGGUAAAAAAACACUUGUAUAACCAUUGGAGGUAGAAAAUCAGUACUAGAUUGCUCAGGAUGGUGCUUACUCAUUUUGCUGCACAGUGCGUGAAAGGUACAACCGCUUGCUUUGAGGCCAAGUGGUAAAUGCUCAAAAUGAAAUCAGCUCACCCCUCUCAGAGCCCAAGUGUGAUCCCUUAGGCUUGAGGCCAGUAUUGCUUGAUUCAAGAGCAAAGAGAUGGAAUUAUUUGUAGAAACAGUAUUUGUAGAGUGGGCCUACUUCAGCAUUCACUAUCCCAAUUGUCUAAUGGAGGAAGCUAUUGAUAUAAUGGGAGGAGACCCAGGAAAAUGAAAUGACAAAUACCCUGUUCUCUUAGUUAAGACCUACCUUCAGACAGAAGCAGAGCAGAAUGAACGUUCUUUAAAACAAAAGGGCAAUUGAAGAGAGGGGAUAUUAUCAUGAGACAGGAACCCCCAUCAUUUAAACAAGAGCUAUUUCCCAAAGACUGGGAAAAGAAUACUUGAAUGAGGCGCUUUCUAAGGAUAUUGCUGCAAUAGUGCUCAGUGAAAUGUAAGAAGAAAAUAUUAAGCAGUACAUCUGAAUGCACAGUAUCUAUACUAGGCUCAAAUUCAGUUCACACUGUCGGGUAUGCUGACCCCAAAAAGAAAUAUUACUUGCAGGGAGAACUAUUUAAUAUUUAAUCCAGUUUGCUAGGAUCUUCCACUUACAGCAAGGGAAAAUAUGCAUCCCCAAUUCAAUGGGACUCAUAGUGUUUGCUUGGCUAUGUGUUACUUUUUGAAUGUUUUAAAUGGCUUAGCCAAAACAUGUUUUCCACUUCGUAAUAAAGGGCCACAUUCAACUCUCAGUUAAAUCAUUGUAAAUCCAGAAUAACUCAACUGAAUCUGGAAUAAAUCAUUCAGGUGUAAUAUAAAUCAGGAUUUGGCCCAAAGUUAAAAUCAAUACAAAUACCUUUUAAAAGUAUGUAGAUAUUAUCCUGGAUUUUGUUACAUCUAAAUUACAUUUUCUUUUACCAUCAGGGAUAUCCUGUAAUUACGUAUAUUUUUUACUUAAUAUCUAUAUCUGAAUAUUAAAUAGUAAUAAAGACAAAUUCUUCUAAAUGUAAAAAACCUUGUUGUUCUAAGUCUUUGUUUCCAUUUGUUUCACUGCAUUAAAGCAUCCAGUACAUCCUUGCAUAGUUGUAAUACAUAGGAUGCAAGUAUUUUGCUUUUUCUUUUAUUGCAGAACUUAUAAUGAAUGGACUCUAAAAUUAAAAGUCUCUUUUUCUGCUCCUGAAAUUUGAGGCACAUUGAUGGAUUUUUUUUUUUGUAACAUGCUCUGUAACUUCUGAAGUAAACUGUACUUGCUUACAAUACUAGCUUUGUUUGACUUCACUUCAAUUUGAUUCAGCAAAAUUAAUAUCAAGACCAAAAACCUUCUCAGAAUGAGGUCUUCACUUGAGGGUAAGAAUUGUACCACCCUCCCACAGGUCCAAAAUCCCACUGCCAUUGGUCAGGGUCAAAUACCACUGGCUCUGCAUUCUGAGUAACUCUGUGCCAUUUGGGAAAGUGGAAGCCAAAGGUAAGUUUUACUACUUCUUUACUUGAUUGGUAAACUGGAUUCUUAAAGAUGGAAAUAUUUUUUUUUUAUAUUUGUUUUAUUCUAUCAUGGAAAAUACUAAUUCAAAUGAGGUAGAUUACUGAUGCUAUUUACUUUAUUUUUCUUCUUUAAACAUUUCUUAGUUCCUUCCUGUGAAAGGUGUACAUGAUCUUCAACAAAAUAUUUGAACUGACAGCUACAGUAGAUGCCAAUAUAAUUACAGUGUGUUCCAAUAUCUGAUGCUUAAAAAAAGUAAAGAGACACAAACUUUGCAAGCAGGUCCAGGUACUACAGUAACAGUUAUAGAGAUACAGUUUAAUGGAGAAAUAAUUGAACAAUGAAGACAUUUGCAAAUAUUUUUCUGGGACUUUUUAUCUUUGAGGCCAUUGUGGCUGCUCCUACAAUAGAUACCUUAACUUAUGACUCUGAAACCUAUGACGUAGCACUGGAAGACUUGGAUAAUCUUUAUGACUACAAUGAAAACCUCCCCGUGGACCAGGCAGAGAUAGAGAUUGGAACCGUGUUACCUUCUGUAACUAGAGAGAUUCAUUCCCCGCCACCACUGCCAGAAGAAGCUGAGGAAGAAGCAUCAACACCAAAACUAAUUGAUGGUUCUUCACCACAGGGGUCAGGAGUUCUUGGGCCCCAAACACAUGAUGGCCUUCCGACUUGCCUUCUGUGUACAUGUCUGGGGACCACAGUCUACUGUGAUGAUCAUGAACUCGACGCUGUUCCUCCACUGCCCAAGAAAACCACCCAUUUCUACUCUCGCUAUAAUAGAAUCAAAAAGAUCAACAAAAAUGACUUUGCUAAUCAAAACAAUUUAAAGAGGAUUGAUUUGACAUCAAAUUUUAUAUCCGAGAUCGAUGAAGAUGCCUUCAGGGAGCUGCCCCAGCUUCAGGAGCUAGUGCUCCGCGAUAACAAGAUAAGGCAGCUCCCCGAGUUACCGCCUACCCUGACAUUCAUUGAUGUUAGUAACAACAGGCUUGGCCGCAAAGGAAUAAAGGAAGAAGCAUUUAAAGAUAUGGUUGAUCUGCAUCAUCUUUACAUCACCGACAAUAACCUGGAUCACAUUCCACUCCCACUCCCUGAAAGCCUCCAAGCUCUUCAUCUUCAGAACAACAACAUUCAGGAGAUGCAUGAAGACACUUUCUGCAAAAUGAAAGAUGUUGCUUAUGCCCGUCGAGCUCUGGAAGACAUCAGACUGGAUGGCAAUCCUAUCAACUUGAGCAAGACUCCUUCUGCUUACAUGUGCCUACCCCGUUUGCCAAUCGGUAGUCUCAUCUAAGCUUCGACAGUGGCCAACACUGUCCUCUGACAUGGUAGUGUCUAUGACAAAUGAACAAGUCAUUGCUACAGAAAGCCCAAUGCAUAUUAUUUUCAGAGCUCAUUCGACUGGUUUUUAAUCAGUAAUGAAAUUAAUGAAAAAGACAAACGAUAAUGUGAAAUGCUAAGAGAUGUACUGAAAUAUAGGCUGUGCGAUGCUAUAGAUACCAAUGCAUUCAAUACGACAACUGCAUUGAAUAUAUAGAAAGAGGGGAUCAGAACAAUGGAAACUGUACAACUUGGAUGCAAUCAGAUGUAAUGUAUGCAUGCUAAAAUUUAAUAAUUUUAUAUAGAUUUAAAUUAAUUAUAACACAAUAAAUGAAUAACACAAAAUGCAUGUACGUAAGAUCUAUAUCCACGACAUUUUCAUUUUAAUUGGCUUCAUACUCUCAGUGAAAUACAAAUCUUUGCUUUCUACUUGUUUUCUGAAGCACCGGAUUGUUUUGGAGAAAUCCUACUAAUAUUCCAAAAUAUUUGGAAAAUAUUGAACCUGCCCUUGCAUCAAUACCAAAAUGUGGAGAAUAAACAUAUACAAGUAAAUAAAUUUACAUAAAAUGCUUCUCAUUGCCUUUGUAGUAAUAAUUGGGCAUUAUAAUCUUGAUGAAACGCAAAGCCUUGUCUUCGUUAUCUUUGCUAAGCGAGCCAGUUCUUUUGGAACAAUAAUAAAAUCCUCAAGUUUGGAAAAUAUUGAACAUUAACCUGUAUCUGUUAAAGAAGCUGAAGAACUUUACCUGGAGUACCUUGAUAGUCAUACAGAACAUUGUAGCUGAAUAAGUUCAGUUUUGGCAUAUGAUCUAAGUCUCCAAGUAUAUAUAGCUAUUUCUCUGAAUUCUUCUUCAUUCCUCCUGGAGUCUCAACAAUUAGAAUCUGGAAAUUCUCUCACCCUGGCAAUUUAGAAAAAAUCUGUUUUCUGUUGAAUGUUUAAUACCUUCCACUUUGGAACAUGAUGGUCAAAAACAACCUGAUGGAUUCAAAGAAGCUGUUCACUCAGAAGGGUAAAGAGAGAAACGUGACACCCUGAAAAUCUUUUGAAAUAUUUCUGAAAAAAGUUUGUGCUAGCCAAUAACAAAAAAUAUCUUCCCACCUACAAAAACUAAAAUUUAUUUGGUAUGAAAAUUCACCUGAGCUUAAAUGAGCAUGUGCACCAUGUAAGCAUCAAAUGCAGCCAAAACAGUACACUUCGGCUGAGCCAGGCAAUGGAAAGUCUGCACUUAGGAACACUGCA